ACAUGUGAUCAACAGACAAAAGCACUCUGGCCUCGUCUACAAGGAACGAUGCACACAAUGGCCAAUAUGUUUUCGUACAUUACACUUCUGUUGUGCGCCAUAGCCAUCAGUGAGGCUUGUAAAUGUGCAGUACCACAUCCACAGACUCAAUUUUGUAAUGCAGACUUUGCAAUUCGUGCCAGAGUUUUGAGGGAGUCACGAGAAAACGGCAAUAAAAUUUACUCGCUCCGAGUUCUACGAACCUUUAAAGGUAAUUCAACAAUCGACCGCAUGGCGAGGACUCAAGGCAAGGGGAAGAACACGAAAAGGGUGAUUGACGUCGCAACAGAGAGCGAAACCGCUGCCUGUGGCGUACUACUCGACAUUUCGAAGGUCUACCUACUUCUCGGUGACGUAGAGACACGUACAGACAGGCAGUUGUUAACAAUCAACAACUGUCAAUGGCAUGCUUUGUGGCAAAACAUCUCUGUGCAACAACGCCGCGGGCUCAAGAGGGUUUAUGGGCCGAACUGCCGAUGUAAAAUUGAAAAGUUCUGUUUUAAGAGUCCUCCGAGCUUAUGCGACGAUAUGAUUGGUGGAUGCGACAAGCCCGCUGCUGGCAGUCGCGUGACCUAUUGCCGAAGGAAGCAUUCUUAUUGCAGUAAGACUGGUGACAAGUGUAGGUGGAUCCUUUCAAGAAAGGCUGCUUUCAAAAAAUGCUUGCAAUAGAGAAGAGUCUAUGCCUCUACAUGACCAGAUAAAGUCUUUUUUCAAUACUUCGAAGUCGAUUGCUACCGACAUUUUAGCGUAGAACGGAUGUUCAUCGACUGAUCUUAACCCUUAAAAUGUGAUUCAUGUAAUCCCUUCCUUUAGCUGAUAUGUAUUCCGUGGUAAAUUAGUUAUGUAUUUGGAAAAAUAAGGAAAUAAAAUGUGCCUAUUCAGAAA